UAGGACACCCUGUAUAUAAAUAAAGUGCUGCAGAAUUCUGCAAAUGGAAAAUUUAUGGAGUCGGAGAGAAUUAUAUCGCGAUUAAUAUCGCCAAUUUUUUCUUCACAAGAAGAAAUGAUUUUAAAUUAUUAUAAAUCGUGAAAAAUUUCAUUCGUUAAAUUUAGGAUAUCGGAUCACUAUAUAUAUAUAUGUAUAUCAGGUCUGCCCAAUCUUUACUAAAGUUUGAUCGAUAGAUACACAUCGAUCACCAUAUUUUUUACGAAACGACCGAUCGAUCGCGAUUGACAGGCCUAUUAUACGUCCUCUACGUUCUCGCGUAUCAUCAUGAAUGCGAUUUCGAGCGUCACAUCUGCACAUGCGUACUAAAUCGCCGCCGUCGAUGAUAACAUAACGUACGACAUAUCGCAUGUGCAGAGUGCUCGCGUUAAUGGGCGAGCGACGACAUCGCGCGUCGAGACGACGUUCGUCAUUUCUUUCUUUUCAUCAUCUUUUCUCUUCCGUGAGACGUGGCUAUUAUUCAUUUCCGUUUGGGGAAACGUGUUCGCGAAGAAAGUUUUCCGAUAUGAACGAGCGGCAGGAGAGGAAAUCCAACGAGAGCCUGCCGAUGAUGUCACGUUUACGUGCGAAGUGGUCUCGUCGUAAUCAGUAUGCCAUCAUAACUGUACUUCUGGGGAUUUUGGAAUUCAACGUGAUACCAUAUCAGCAAAUCGGCUUCUUUUGCAAUGACCCAAAGAUCUCGUUCAGGUUCACGGGCGACACGAUCUCCAUGAGUUUAUUGAUAAUCUUCAGCGUCACCCUGCCCAUAAUAGUCAUGUGGAUCGCGGAAUAUGCCUGCCAUCCCGCCGACAGUUACAGGAGCAACGCGCCAAAUCGCAACCAGGUCGAGUUGACUAGGAACAAGCAGCUCUGGUCCUGGUACAGUCAUUACUCCAUAGGACUUGUUACGCUCACGCUCGUCUGCGAGGUCAUGAAAGUCCUAAUCGGCGAGCCGCGGCCGCACUUUCUCGACACAUGCAAACCGCGCGAGGCAGCCAACUGCACCGAUGAAUACAUCAGUUCUUACACGUGCACCAAUACCGAGUUUUCCGAUUGGUUCGUCAAGGAUUCCAGCAAGUCCUUUCCUUCCGGUCAUUCGGCUAUCUCCCUCUACACGAGCAUCUUCUUAGUGUGGUACCUGCAAAACCGUCUGCCGAAUCGGACGUUGUUUCUGAAACCGUGGCUGCAGUGCCUGACAUCCAUGUGGGCCGUGACGUGUUCGAUGACCAGAGUGGGCGACAAUCGGCACCACUGGUGGGACGUACUUGCCGGCAAUGCUCUCGGUUUUCUGUUCGGUCUCUUCGUCGUCUUGGUGCCCUGCCGUCACUUCUGCCUCGGGCGUAUCGGCGCCGAUGUCGUCGUCGUCCCGAAGACAGCGCACGCCCUUAACGAGCCCCUGGAGAACGGCCAGAUUGGCAGUUUCGAGAAACAGCAUCAGCACAGCGUCAAAAAGCUACUCGAUCCCGCCGUCGUCGAUAUCUCGGAAGGUCGUGAGAUGAAGGACAUCGCGGCCAAGAAUUGGAAAGAAUAAAUAAAUGCGAAAUACAUUCGAACGGUUUGGAGGAACAGGAGAGAGGAAGAGGGGAGCGGAAGGGGAGGGAAGGAUACAUUAUAAAAAAAUGACUGACUGAAACUUCCCAUACAGUACAAAAAGAUUGCAGAAACAUUACAUAGAUAUUUCAAUGUAACAAUGAAAUAUUCCAUAUACAUUGCGAAAUAUUGCUGCAAGAUUGCAGUAACAUUGCAAUGUAACAUUACAGUAAUCUUACAAUGUAACAUACUUGUAAUAAUGCAAUGCAUUACUGUGUAAAUGUAUCUAUAUAGUAUAUACAGAUAUAGUAUAUACAAAUGUUUCUUAUCUUAACAUUUAUACGUUUUCUAAACUACUUUACAUCUGUAGUUACAAAUAUGUAUACAUAUAUGUAUACAUAUAUAUUAUAUGACAAAACCACUUGGUAACGUAAUUAAAUAAAUAAUAAAAU